GUAAAAUAUAAAAUAGAUUAGGAUAAGGUGUACCGCAUUUUUACCGGUUGCAUUAAAAAAAUUUAGGUAGCAGUGAUGAACAUGACGAAAGUGAUACUUUUUUGGUUGUUUUGUGCAAUUUUAUUGAUUUCUGUCGUAGUAAUUUAUGGACAACAAAAUGAAAAUUUAAAGCAAAACGUAUCCAAAAAUCCUCCACUGCAUGGAUGGACAUGCGAAAACAACAAAUGCCACAAAUCAAUAGACGCAAAUGCAACGUCAUUAGGAACCUGCAAGAUGCUUUGUUAUGACUCUCCGCCAUUAUGGCCCAAACCGAAGCAACUUGAAAUUAUUAAUAAAAAUUCCACCCUUUUCCAAAAAGAACAUAUUGUAUUGACAAUCCAUUCACCUAAUGAAGUUAAAAGUGAAUUAGAAGAAGCUGCUAAUACAUUUCUUGAAUCGUUACCGAAAAAUUCAACCAAGUAUCAUUUAUAUGAAGGAGAAGUUCAAAUAUUGAAAUUAAAUAUUCAUGUUAAAGAAAGGAAUAUUGAACUGUCAACAUCCACCAAGGAAAGUUAUACAUUAUUUUGCCAAAAACUCCCUGAAGCAAUUUUAGUUAAUAUUUUUGCUAGUAAUUAUUUUGGAGCCAGACAUGGUCUGGAAACUCUCAGUCAACUUAUCUGGCACGAUACUUUAACAAACAAGUUGAGAAUAUUACAUGAUAUUAAAAUUACUGACGAGCCAAGCUUUAAUCAUCGAGGAGUCCUUAUAGAUGUUUCCAGACAUUUCUUUUCCAUAGACAUUCUUAAGAAAGCUGUAGACGGAAUGGCUGCAUCAAAACUCAACGUAUUACAUCUUCAUCUGUCUGAUGCAGCAAGUUUUCCUCUACAACUACCAAACUCCAAAAUAAGUUCGAAUGGUGCUUACGAUGAAAACUCCAUAUAUACACCAGAAGAUAUAAAACAUUUAGUACAAUAUGCCAAAAAACGUGGCAUUAGAACGAUAUUGGAAAUUGAUGCCCCUAGUCAUGUUUCACCAGAAGCCUGGCCAAAAGAUGAAGUUUUAUGUGCUGAUCCUGAUAUGUUUAGAGCCACAUUAAAUCCGGACAAUCCAGAAACUUUAAAUACUCUACAAAGUGUUUAUGAAAAUUUAUUCGAAUUGGGCACUGACCCUGAAACUUUUCAUAUAGGCGAUGACGAAGUUGUGACUGAAUGUUGGUCAAAUACAGUUUCAGCUCAAAAAGAAGACAAUAAUGUUUACAAUGUUUGGAGCAAAUUCACCAAUGCGAUGAUGGAAAGAGUUAAAAUUGCCAAUAACAAUACCCUUCCUAAAAACAUUGUGCUUUGGUCCAGCCCUUUAACUGACAAUUACAUAAAGUCACUUUCUUACCAAAAAGAUUUGGUUGUUCAGUAUUGGUUUGGACAGUUUGGGCAUAUUUUGGACAACGGAUACAAAAUAAUAUUUUCAACCGUAGGUCAAUGGUACUUGGACUGCGGAUUUGGGCCUUGGAAAAAAAUCGACCAAUACGGAUCUUGCGACCCAUACACCGACUGGAAAAAGUUUUACCAUUACCGGCCCUGGAAAGAUUAUCCACAAAGAUUAAGUCAAGUUUUGGGCGGCGAAGUUUGUUUGUGGAGCGAACAAGUUAGUCCAGAUGAUGUGGAAACGCGACUAUGGCCCAGGACAGCAGCUUUUGCUGAACGUGUAUGGAGCGAUCCAGAUAUCAUUGAUAUAGAUGAUGUAGCUAGAAGAAUUGAUUUUCAUUCUGAAAGGUUGAAGGAGAGAGGUUUUAGAGUUGCUGCUAUUUGGCCUCAGAUUUGUUGGUUGUAUCCUGAAAGAUGUUAAAGAAUAAAUAUAUAUUUUUCAUACAGCUUUAAUAUUUUAGCAAGCUGGACCAGGAUUGGUUCAAAUAGUAAAACCGCAUUUAAUCCUAACAAUUGAACAAUGUUACCAACGCCUGGGGCGUUAGCUUUAUAAGUAUAGGGUAAGGUUAGCCUGCUGGGGAUUUUAAUCCGCCAUUGGCGUAGAAAUGAAAAAAGUCAUUCAAUCAAUAAUGUUUGCCAAAAAAAAUUACCAGCAUAUUCAAAGCCUUGUUAAAUAUAAUAAUUUUCAAAUUUUUAAAUAUAGAUUAUUAUGUAUGAAGUAAUUAUGCCUCCGGUUGUUGACAUAAAAAUCAGUCCACUGCACUUCAAAUUUUAAUUUUUCCUACGGAGUGUCUACCCUGAGGCAAGUGGGGGUUAAAAAAUAACACAGGGGUUGUGAUUUUCGAGUAUCGAGUUUAGUUUGGGAUUAUCUUCUGAAUAGAUACGCCCGCCAGUCCGAUGAUAGACAAUUCAAUGGUUUUUAUGUGCAGGGUGAAUAAAAUUGAUAGUAUAGUAUGUUCGAGCCGAAAAGUGAAAUAUAUUUUAUUUUUUU